UAAAAAAGUAGAAACGUCAAAUCAAUCUUGUGUUUCUCUUCUCUUGUAUUAUAUCUAUCUGGUAUUUGGUUUGUGUCUUACAAGUUACAACAACAACUCCAAUUGAAUUUUGUGCUUCUUCUCUUCGGCCAGCGAUGUCUUCAUACGGUAGAUACAAUUCUCAAUCUCAACCAUACGCUCCAUCUGCACCUGAGUUACCUCCUCCUUCUUCUAACUACACCCCCCCAAAUAACUAUACCCAAACUUCACCUCCCUCUUCAAACUACACUCAAGGUUACGGUUAUGGACAAUUUUCAUCAUCUGGUUAUUCCAAUUUCCCACCAGGAACAAACCCAGACAUCAUUACCAGCUUUCAAAUGGUCGAUACUGAUCGAAGCGGUUUCAUCGACGACAGAGAAUUGCAACGAGCUCUUUCUUCUUCUUUUCAUAGUUUUAACCUAAGAACUAUUCGUCUUCUUAUGUUUCUCUUCAAACAUCCAAAUGAAUCCCUCAGAAUUGGGCCAAACGAAUUUGCAGCUCUUUGGAAUUGCCUUGGUCAUUGGCGAGGCAUAUUUGAGAGAUAUGAUAAAGAUAGGAGUGGAAAAAUUGAUCCAUUAGAGCUAAGAGACGCUCUCUAUGGUAUUGGCUAUGCAGUACCAGCCUCAGUUCUACAACUUCUGCUUUCAAAGUAUGGUGAUGGAAGUGCUAGGAGGGUUGAACUUGGUUUCGACAAUUUUGUUGAGUGUGCGAUGAUUAUCAAGGGUCUGACUGACAAAUUUAAGGAUAAGGACAAGCGUUACUCGGGUUCAGCUACACUUUCUUAUGAUGACUUUAUGUCUAUGGUCAUUCCUUUCCUUGUAUCUUAUGAUUGAGAAGUUAGUUAUGCUCAUUGUCAAGUUUUCUUAGUUUUUUGGUGCUACAUUGAAUUGAUUGUUUUAUGAGUUUGGCUGUCCAUAAAUUUUAAGUUGUAAUGAUUUUGUAUUUUGUAAUAAGUUUGCUAGUAGUUGAUAGAGCUGAAAUGUUGUUAUCAAAAGGUGUCUUUGACACAUUUUUUGUUAUCCUAAACAUUAUAUAGAAGUUGUGCAUGACAAGAAGAGAUAUGUGAUUGUGCUAGUACAGAGAUUUAUGUUUCAACAUCGGA